AUGACAACAGAGUAUCGUGUGUCACUCUCGUACCCAAAUCCAUCCUUGGGACAGAUGGUGGCGGGAUCACAGGCCUCCAAUUCCAUGGACGACGAGGCUUCACGCGCAAAAAUUGGCUAUGGAAGCUCGUCACAAGUGACGGGUUUGCAUCAGGCGGCUCUCGUUAUAACGCUCCUCGUUGGACUUUUGAUCUCGACCCUCGAUACGACGAUUGUGUCGACGUCGUUGGUAACAAUAUCGAACGACUUGGGCGACUUUGUCAAUGCACCGUGGAUUGUGUUGGCGUAUUUGCUGACCUAUAUGGGGUUCGCCGUCUGCAUUUCAAAAAUGAGCGACAUAUAUGGGCGGAAGAACAUUUUAGUUCUUUCUUGGGUCAUCUUUUCUGGAUUUUCCUUAGGCUGUGCCAAUUCAAAACACAUGACUGCACUUAUCGUAUGCCGUGCUUUUCAAGGCAUAGGAGCAUCUGGGUUGUACAGUUUGACCCAGAUAGCACUUGUUGAAGUCGGCCCUGUACACCGGCCCAGCCUGAUCGGAGCUAUGAUCGGAGCAACACUUGCCAUAGCCUUCGUUCUUGGCCCUCUUCUUGGAGGCCUGAUCUCGAGGCUCUCUGAUUGGAGAUGGCUCUUCAACCUUAAUAUUCCCUUUGGACUGAUUGCCAUUCUUGCUAUUACGAGCUUCUGGCCCCAAGAAGACGUCUCCCAUCUACUUUCUUGGGAGGCCUUUGCGAGUAUAGACUUCAUCGGUAGCGCUACUCUACUUUGUAGCUCGUCACUGCUCGUUUUUGCUAUUCAGCAAGCCGGUUCCCAGACUUUUGCUUGGUCCAGUCCGGUUAUCAUAUCGGCCCUUAUUAUAUCGGGGGUAAGCUGGGCUGCAUUUAUUUAUUGGGAAGUGGUCCUUGAUUCGAAAAGGCACCGUCAUAUUGAGCCAAUAUUUCCAAUUCGUUUGAUGUUGCACAGGGUCUAUGCGUCAAGCCUCUUACUCACUCUUCUUACGGGAUUUCCGUAUAUUUCUUUGACAGUUAUUAUUCCGGAGCGGUUCCAAAUCGUCAAUGGUGAGGAUGCUCUCAUGGCUGGUAUUCACCUCUUCCCACUUCUUGGUGCCUGUGCAGUCGGAUCUUUCCUCGGUGGCGCAAUAUCCAGCAAACAGAACAACACAUCGUAUACGCUCAUUGGAUCAUCCUGCCUCCAACUCUUGGGACUGGGGCUGAUGACGACUCGGUCGGGAGCGAAUAGUGCGGAGCCAUCUCAGUAUGCCUACCAAGCAAUAUUUGGACUAGGGGUCGGUCUCUGUUUUUCGGCAACCACCAUCGUGACGAGCAUUUCCACAGCUGAGUCGGGUGAGAAAGCUACAGCACAAGGGGCUGUUGCCCAGGCCCGAGUGUUAGGGGGCAGCAUAGGCCUUUCAAUCUGCACAGUCAUAUUUAACAUUCACGUUAACCGAUAUCUAGAAGGUCACUUAACCAAAGGGCAACUCGAGAGCCUUCAUCGAUCUCCCCUGUCAGGGUUGCAACUUCCAGUCGACCAGCGAGAUAUCGUUAAGACCGUCUAUGCUGGAGCGUACUCUGAAGAGAUUAAGAUAUUGGCUUGCAUUUGCUCAGUCAUGGUGAUUGCUGCCCUUUUCACUCUAGAGAGGCAUCCCACGCCGUUGAGAAUCGUGAGUUCAAAGUCCAAAGAAGACCAAUUCUCGCGACGCGGCAGUGAAUCGGAGACAGAAAUGACGGAUCUUCACAAUACCCACCAAAUCGUCUGA